CACAGCGUGAGGAUCGGUGUCGAGAUCCUCUGUCUCUCCGUCGCUGACUCGCGAAGGGGGAAGUCCUGCCUGGCUGGUACUGACAUUUAGUCAUCCGCGAGGAUACAUCUUUCAGGGGAAGUUAUUUUAGGAGGGAGUGGCCGCCUCGGACAUGACAGGCACAAUUUCGGAAUUGUGUAGAGACUGAAAAAUACCAAUGCAGAAAUAUGUCUUCGUUUGUAAAGGGGUCUUUCAGACGUGAUUGCAAUACCCUAAGGACUUUGGUGUCUUGAUAAGUCAGUGUCCUCUAUGGCACAAAGAGGGUUUUAUCCGGGAACUUUACAUGCUUCUUAUUGUUGAUAUUCACUUGGAAGUCGUCUGAAGAAGGCGCUAGAGCAAAGAGAAUCUACUGCGGCAAAAAAAAAGAAAAAAAAAGAAGGACGAAUGAUUGACAGGGGAAGAGCUUCGAGUCCAAAAUCAGUUGCGCAAACAUCGUAUUAGCAGUGUAAGAGUCUCCUGAGCCUCUUAGACAACUGUGUUGAGUUGAACGUUUGUCUUUGCCAGUUGAAGUAUUGGCAGAAGGAGAGACAGAGAGAAACAAAGAAAGAAAGAAAAACGAAAACUCUAGAGAUCAGUUUGAAAAUGAGGUGGAAUAUCGAUUUGGCAAAAGACACUGUAGUAGGAGAUCAUUAUUAUUUAAUCGUAAAUCAAAUUUAAAAACCUCGUUCCGUUUAGUUUAGUGUUGUGUUCUUGUUCCUUCUUUUAGUCAUUUUUUCUUGAUUGGUGAACAUUCUCUUGUCGUGAUGAUAUUCUGCAGUGAAGAAUAGUUUUCUGCUUCCAGUGCUAUCACACUAAUAACGUAUUUUUUCAUAUUUGUUUAAUUUACUCGUAAAUUAAUUACCCACAUUCUCCUGUAUGGGAAAAGGGAAUAACGUAAUCAGAUAUUAGAAAUAAUACUACUGAAUGCAGCCAUUGAAUGCGUAAGACAAAAUUAAUAUUCGCGAGAGCUUUAAACAGCUAAAGUUACCAAAACCGGUUAAUUAAAGGUUGAAUCAGGAGUUAAAGAUUGAAACAGCUUACUCCUCCAACAUCGGAAGAGCAAUAAGGGGUAAAUAUAAAUGAAAACUUCUCUAACUUCGACAUUGCAUUUACAAACGAUAGUAACGUGACAGAGCGCUUUGCAAAUUACAAGUUGUUGAGUGAAGUGAGUUAUUAAUAUUAAGUAAGACCUUUCAGAAAAAAAAAGAUUAGAGCAUCAUAACAUUUGUGUGGCCGCAACUGAAGCGAAAUGAACAUAAUUUUUUUUCUAAGAAACAAACAGAAGGAUGGUAUUUUAAAACAAAGACUCUCAUAUAUGACAUUUACUUAGACUUUCCCGACGCCAAAGGUUCAUUACAACCUGAAGUGCGGAGGCGGAAAUUAUCAGAGCUCUGAAUCUUGCAACGACGAUAAGUAAUUUCUAAAUCUACCAGAUACGCUUAUGAAGUUCUAAUUCCCUCAGACAUCCGCAAAGUUUAGUUUCUCCCAGGGGCUGCAGACUUUGCAGAUACGCUCACAAAGUAUCAGUUCUGUCGAACACACGCUCAUCCCGUCGUUCAUUUCUCUAAGAACCUCAAUUCGUGUCUCUUCGUGAAAAUGACUGGAACGCCUCGAAGGCCCAAGUGGAGCGAAAUCAGAACUGAGGGUGAGGAGAGUGGCGGAAGCCCUCGCCGCCUUUGAGAAACGAGACUGAAAAAGACGGAUGAGACGGGUCUUGCCGCCCUUUGUCACGAGUGACAGGCAAAAAUAGACUCCUAAUGACAGAGAGAGAUGGGCGUCCGUGGGUAGAUAGAAAAGGAUGCCGGUCUGACUUCCUCUUCCCAAGGCAUCGGGAGAUCGUCUCUGGAAGGUGAUCAGUGUCAGACGCAGAAGACGAAUCUGCUGAAGGAGUGAGGAGGAGAAUGUCGAGACCUUCGCAUUCUGACGGCCACUCCAUUGCCAGAAGCGACCGGCCAUGCAUCCGAACCUCCUUCCUGUCGCUGUUCGUCCUCCUCUUCCUCCUCCUCCUCCUACAAGUAUUUCCCGGACGCCAUUCUCCUUCUUUCGCCGAAGGUCUGUCUGCAAAUCAUGUUAACAAUCCUGAGUCAAUUUUAGGAGGCUGGUCUCGAUCGGUCCUCCCGAGGAGGAGGCCUUCGUCGCCCACGAGAAAGCUGCCGUUUUCGACGCCAGCGCCAGAGGCCGAGAGGCUCCUUCUGCUGGAGUCGAGGGGGGAGCAAGAAGAAGAAAAAGAAGAGGGCCACCUCCACUUGAAAUUGAAAUCUAACGCAAUCGAAGAGGGACGUUUAGAGAAUUCGAAAGAGGUUUUCGUAACAGCCACCGGGGAGCCCUUUCGGCUGGAGGGGACCUUGGCAUUAGAACGUGAAAGAAAACCAGCCGAGACAGAUCCGUUACCUGAAUUCCUAAAGCCAGCUUCCACUUCAUCUGGAAACGGACUGAUGGAGAAGCCGAUGAGUUCAUCGACGGGCGUGACGAGAUACAACGGAAAGACCGAACCCUGGAAAGAAGGUCGAAAUGAAAGGCAUUAUGGGAUUAAGUACUCGGCUCGUCACGGGCAUGUUGCUGUUGCUGCCACCUCUCAUCGUCGUCGGUCGGUAGAUGCGUCGGACCGACGAAGACGACUUUUCUUGUACAAGAGGAGGAAGAAGAAGAGAGAAGUGAGGGAAGACUCUCCUGGAAAACCCGAGCUAAAGAAUGGGUUAAAGGAAAGAGAAGACAAGAGAAAAAGAGAACGUUAUAUCCAUGGAAAUGAGGAUAAAUAUCAUGGCGCCGAUGAUAAGGGUUUUGAUAACAUCUGGAGGUCGCUGGCACGUCCUAAGGAACCCAUUUCCUCAAUGAUGAAUUUUGAGAGGGAAGCUGGGAGACUAGGCCUCUCCGUCGAUGAAUUACAACGCCGAAAGUCGCGUCGAUCUAAUGAAGCUUCGAGAGGCUUAAUGGAGCCUGCUGGAACGAUUAAACAUGUACCCCGGUUUCGAGUGCCAGGGAAGUGGCACCUGGCAUUCAGACAUAACCAGAGCCGUAAGUGUUCGGCAUCGAUCUUCAAGGAGGGGAAGGGCGUUAGGAGUAGGUGGAGGAGUAGCUCGAUGCCCGAGGUAAGAUUGAUCAUGCAUGGCCAAGAGCGCCGUCCUGAUUCGGGCUCUUCGCUACACCUGACGGGAGACUCGGGAACUGGCCCCUCUUCGUCUUCCUCCCUCUCGCCUCCUUCGUCGCCCCAGUUUGCCUCUCCAUCUUCACGCUCAUUAGUAAAACCUUCAUUAUCAUCAUCAUCAUCAUCACCAUCACUACCAUUAUCGUCCUUAUCCUCGUCGCCAAACCUUACAGCAGCAUUUCUGUUAUCACCGGCAUCACCACUCUUAACACUACCGCCGUCACCACCUUUUUCAGAUUUUGAUAAAGACGCAUCAGCAACCAUUGAUAAACAGCCUUCAUCAUUUCUAGUGACAGACAGGGAGAGGGCUUCUUUCGAUCUAUCUCCCACACGCUUCCGUGACAGUCAACUGUCAACCCCUGCCGAUUCUUCCCGACAGGGGGAGACACAUCGAAAUAGAAUCAAGGAUGGAGUUUUGACGUUGCGACAGGAAGCGACGACAACGACGUCAACACGGACGGAAAACCAGUCGGGAACCAUGUAUUCGAAAGGGACCUUUCUUCCAGAUGCAAAAAGGAGUUCUUUAAGUUCGAAUAGUAGUUCGAACUGUAAGCUUCACAAUCGCCGUAAAACACAGAUUCGGGCUGGGAAUUCGGUUUCUUUAAGUCACCCUGACGCACGAGAUGUCAAGAAAUUUGAAAGUAUUGAGAGAAACGAAUCUAAAAGUAUAAAAGGUCUGCUGCAAAGGAGAGAAGUCAAAAGAAGAGGGUCUUCGAGUAUGACAAAUUGCAAUAAAGACAAAGUUCCCACACCAAAACAAAAAGAAAUCCACGAAACUAUUUUUUUAAGAGAGCAGAGAAAUGGUGCCAACGCAAAUAAAAGGGUUUAUAUGAAAAGAGGAACAAAAUGGUACUCCUUGCAGCCCAUAGUCUUUAAAAGACGACGGGAGGAAGAAGAUCUUUCGAGAAUAAAAGGAGAGAUAGAUCACGAAGAUGGACAAGAGCAAGGAAAACAAAGGCAGAGUAUUUUUUGUUUUCUAUUCAGCAAAAACACGAAGUGCUUUCUUCUCGAGGAUUUUCAAAAUGGAAGUCAUUUCGAUUUCGCCGUGGCAAACAGUGUUGCCAGAAAUGAUGAAGUGUCUAAUUCUGGACUAACUGCUCAAUUUGGAAAGGAUGAUUUACUCAUGAAAAAAGUUAAUUCUCAGUCGAUUGAUUCUGCAGUCUCAUAUCACCCUUCCUAUGCAAACGGGUUCUUUAUUCCCGUCGAUGUUUAUAGCUACAUUCAAGGUGAACCUCUUUACAAGAAUUUAUUUUCACUAAAAAGGAAACGUAGUGGGAAAAGGGCAGUAGCAGUACAAACUCGGCAUUUUCCAGUUUAUGAUGGCGAAAUUUUUUCGAGGCCAAACUAUAUUUCUAAUGGUGAGAGGUCACGGCCUGAACCAAGUCUAGAAAAUGUGUCUAUGAAAAACGCCGCCCAAAUCAUUCUGUCUCGUAAAGGGGAAAAGAGAAAAAGAUCAAAUGAGCAAAUGAAGAGUUUCCUGGAAAAUCCCAACGCAACCACACAAUCCAGCGAACACAAGGUCCGUACUGUAGCAGCUGUGAAUCUUGCUGGCAGGGUCGAUAAAUCUGGAAGAAGUCUGCUUUUCACGUGGGCGUUUUCAUCCGCAAUUAGACCCAAGGUCUACUCCUACCCUCCUUUUCCAGGCCGAGAUCAGCUGGAUAACUCCUGGAAAGAGUCAAUAACGCCCGGAAGUAAUUUGCAACGUCGUGAAAGAAAGUCCCCUGUGCCAGAGGCCCUCGGCCCUCCAAUACCAAGGUUUGCGCAACAUGCUGACGGAUAUGUUUAUGACUCGGGUCUUGGGAGACCCGAGAGAGUCCGAAACGUAGUGGCCUUCAUCAAAGGAGGAACGGUUUCCGCUUCAUCUGGCAGCGACUUGAAUUACGAGAUGAAGCAACGAGAUAGCUCGAGAGGUACAGAUAUUUCGAGCAUGUGUGGUCGACUUUAUUCUUGCUUCAUAACAGUGGGAAGUCAUGGUUUUAUUCAUAGGAUGGGCAGUACAGAGGAUGCCAGGUGGCAUCCAUUCCUCUCAAGACAUUUGCAGUUCAAUAUUAGUCUCAUCCGAUUAUCAAAAGUGAUUUUAAGUGACCGUGAUGGCAAUAAUUCUCAAGUGGCAAAGAAGCUUUUUGAAGUGUUGGAAGGAAUGCGAAAGAUUCGCAAAGUUACCGAGCCACAACAUCCUUUGGUACCAAUGCUCAGAGGGGAGAGGAGCCUCAUCGGCCAUUCAAUUGAAGCAGCGGAAGCAAUCAAACAGCCUCCAACUGAACUACCCGACGCGGACGGGGGAUCGAUGACUCUUGAUCCCCAAAAGAAAUCCUUUCGAAAUCGAAGACGUUCUUUACAAAAUUCAGUCGCAAGGAACACAUUAAAAAGAAACAAACGCAGCGCCGACCACGAUACGCAAGGAAGGGGAGGAGGACUGUCGCGGAAAAGAGAAAAGCCAUUUUCGAGGGCCAGGAGGCAGAGGAACGCGAGGCGUCUGAGCCACGGCCUACGCCCGUCGAGGAGAAGAAGAAGAAGAGGCAUCAGGCGUUUUUCCGCUAACUCAAAGGAAGCAGUGAACGCGACCAAAGGGCGAACGAACUCAAAUCAUAAAUCGAAGGUUCAGCAGACUCGUUCAAGGGGAAAGAAAGAUCAAAAGAACGAGAGUGACUCAGUUGAGUUGAUGGAUACGAAACAUCAUCCCGACUAUGGUGGUGACUUUGAUUUGAAUUCCGGUAUUUCUACCUACGAUCCCUUUCAUCCAUUUUCCUCUCCGUCAGCAUUUACUUCUUUUACUACAUCAUUAUCAUCACCAUCAUCAUCAUUAUCAACUUCAUCAUCUUCAUCGUCGUCAUCUCUGUUAUCAUCGUUCUCAUCAACACCCACAUAUGACCAAGUCUCGCCCAGCCCCUUUUUACAUCCAGCGCUUUCACCAAAGUGGCAAAGAAGCACUGAAUCAACUUGGAAAACCGCAGAAGAAAACAAAUCAGAGGAAGUACGAAGCAAUAGAGGCGGCAGAUGCAGUGACACGGGAGACUGUCGCCAUCUCUUAGAAAACGUAACAUUGACGGCACUCAAAACAUCAGAGGUUGUCGUGAAUCUUUCGAACAAUAAGGGCGAGUUUCCGAAGGCUGAUGGAUUUACCCAAGAGCAUGAUUCACAAGGAAAUGAUUUUAAUUUGUCGGAAAACAUUCCCUUUCAAAACUUGCGUGCGAAUAGUCGAGGUUUUGAAGAAACGAAAUAUAUCUCAGGAGAAAAAGGUUUGGAUGAAGUUCCGGUCAAAAGGAAUUUGACUUCUUUGGGCUUACGUCCGGUAUUACAAGAACAAGAGGAGAUAGGCCAUACUCACACGAUGACGAACAAGCGCGACAAACAAAUGAGAGAGAAAAGUGAAAAAGGAACUGAUAGUCACGUGAAAGGACGUUCAGAGGAGAUAUUCGAUUUCAUUCAUGCUUCAAAACAGUCUUUAUCAGGUGAUCAUAUUCUCCCGGUGGAUUCGGAGAGGCUCGAAGGGAAUCUCACGUCUGGUUUAUCGAGUGGUUUCGUCCAUGAUCCCACAUCUUUCGGGGACUAUAUUGCCUCCCGGGAAAAUAAAUCCGAUUCGUCGUCCACUACUGUGUCCCACGGGAGAAGCGAGGACGAGCCUUUCGGGAGGCCGGUUUUUAAAAAGGGCGUUUUUUGGACAGACAAGGCGAAGCAGCAGCAGCAGUUUUCCCUGUUGUCGCCGGAUGGUUUUCCAGCAGAGCUUGCUGGAGAUGAGCUCCCAAAAGUAGGGCAGACAGCUGGCUGGAAGCGACCAGUGAAAGGGACGCCUCAGGAUGGAGACACGACAAAGGAGUAUUUUCUGACGACGUCUGCGACGCCCUUUUCAUUGGCAACUCCGCUUUCACAAUCUUCAUCUUCUUCCUUUCCCCUUCCAUUCUCCUCAUCUGGUUCCACUGAGUCGAAAAGCAAAGAAGAGCCGAGAGCGAGAAUUUCUUCGAGUCAUUCUCGUUCAAGCAAAGAGUUUCACCCAAGGCACGAACGCGAGCGCUUUUGGGAUUUUGUCGAGUACAACGACACAAUCCUAGAGGUACGCCGCCAGGCCGUCAACCGCAAAGCCGCCCAAAAAUCUCGCGCCGCCACCUCAGCAAAGCAGACGAAGCAGCAAAGGGCAAGCGAUGGUAUUAAACAUUCUCUCAGGUAUCCCAAGCCAUUCUUGAAAGUGUCUCCUCGAUUCCAGCGAUACCACCAAAUUCAAAGAGGUGUCAAAGAGGCCAUGAGAGGAAAAUCGUUAUAUCGACUUCGCUCUCAAGGUAAAGUUACGGCGCAUCAACUGGAAGCGCUUAACCAUCUGUCAGACCCUAGAAGCCAUAAGAUCGUACAAGGUCGCAGAAGAUUGCCCGGAAUUCGAAUGGACUUUUCUGUCGACAAUCAGUUAGUCUAUCGAAAGCCUCCUUCUCACGAUAUGGUUCGCCACCAUCCCGACAAGAACUCAUCGUUACACUCCAAAAACACCAACCGUCAAUUCGUCACUUCGUCAGGAGGUUUCUCGGAGGGAAAGAUAUCAUCGACAUUCGCCAAGAAGCCGUCUGCCCCUCCCCCCUCUCAGCUCUUUCACCAUCACGUCAAAGUGAACAGAUCGGUUCGAAGGUCGCCGCUCAAGAAGCUCGAAAAGUCUGUUCGAGCCGACCGAGGAAUGAGAUUCCGAGACGAUUCGAACACCGAAGCGGAAUCGGAAUUCUCCCUCGACGCGUCCGGCGAUCGCGACCAUUCCACCUCUCGAGGUAACUUCGAGGCCGAGUCUCGCUCCCACAACCGGGGCAACUCUCUGAGGAGGUUGGGGGGGCAUACGAAAGAGGAGGCACCCGAAACUAAGGUCAAGACAGAGCGACUGGUGCCGAUUUUAGGGCUGUUCGAUCUGACAGCUCGGCCAGACCAGCACAUCGGAGGGGCAUCCGAACUAGCAGCUGCUCGUCUGGCCCUGAAACACAUCAAUGAGAAAGGGGUCAUACCUGGUCACCGCCUCGUCAUGUUCCACUACGACACUCGGUGCGACAGUGGCAUGGGCGUGGACGCCUUCUUCCACGCCAUUUAUACCCUGAGUGCCAGAAUAGUGAUCUUGCUUGGGGCAGCGUGCCCUGAAGUCACCGAAAGCUUGGCUGCUGUGGUUCCGUACUGGAACAUCGUCCAGGUCUCCUUCGGCUCGGUGUCUCCCGCCCUGAGCGACCGGUCGUCUUUUCCGCGCUUCAUCCGCACGGUGGCGCCGGAUUCCUCGCACAACGCAGCCAGGCUGGCCUUCCUGACGCACUAUUCCUGGAGCACUGUGGCCACCAUCUCCGAAAAUCACGACAUGUACACUUUGGCGUUGAACGAACUGAUGCCAGCUUUGGAGGCAGCCAAUAUUUCCCUGCAAGCAACUGUCACACUCUCUCACGAAGAUUAUACUGAACACCUGCAUACGUUAAAGGAGAAGGACUGCCGGAUCAUCAUAGCCAGCUUCUCGGCGGACUUGGCCAGGAAGGUGUUCUGUCAGGCUUACCAUCUGGGCAUGUACGGGGCAGACUACGCCUGGGUACUCUCAGGCGCUCCGCAGGACAGCUGGUGGCAGGUCACGCAGGGAACCAGCUGUUCCCGACAACAGCUGGUGGAGGCGACGCAAGGAGCCUUCCUGGUGGCCAAUCAUGGCUCCAUCAUCGGAGAGAACGCGUCCGAAUCCGGCCUGACGAACAGCCAGUUCCUUCAGGAGUUCUCCCACACAGGACAGCCCCUGACGGAGUAUGUGACGCAGACCUACGACGCCGUCUGGACUAUCGCUUUGGCCCUUCGUCAGCUGAUGGAAGCAUCGGUCAGCGGUCAUCCGACCACCGGGUCAGCCACUCACCGCAGGCAUACCUUGCACUCGGCUGUCAGGCGCGAGGUCGACUCGGCUUUGGCCAGCAAGGUCACCAAGCCGAGCAGGUCACAUGGCAACGACUUGCAACAGUGCAACGGGGGUCACCACCAGUCUGGCAACGCAACUCAAAAACCUACGAUGUCAUGGAUACUAGGGAGGUUAGAGAAACUCCGCAAGAAACAAGAGAAACCGCAGAGUGAACAGCUUCAGGAACAGCAGCAGCAACAGCAGCAGGAGCAGCAACCGUGGGAGUCGCCGCACCGCCCAGGCGAGUUUAGCCUGACCAGCUUCGACUACUCGCGAGAGGACAUGGCGGACAGGAUUCUGGAGACGAUGCAGAGACUCAGAUUUCGAGGGGUGUCGGGACCAAUAUCCUUCGACUGCCCUGACCGAGUUGGCGUGACGGCCUUUUACCAGAUCCAAGACGGAAAGCCGAUGAAGGUCGCCCUGUACCACCCGGAGGAAGCUGCCCUCGACCUGAUGUGCCCCGGAUGCCACGUGGUGGUGUGGCCCGGGGGCGAGGUGCCCGCGUCGAGGGUGUUCAAGAUUAGGGUGGAGACCAUCUCGCCGGCGGCGUUCUUCAUCAUGUCCGCCCUGGCCAGCCUGGGUAUCCUGAUGGCUCUCGCUUUCCUCAUCUUCAACCUCACCUAUCGGAGGCUCAAAUACAUCAAGCUAUCGAGUCCGAGGCUGAACAACACGACGGUCGUCGGAUGCAUUCUGGUGUACACGGCCGUCAUCCUUUUGGGUUUCGACCACGCCACUCUGCCCUCGCCGCAUUAUUUCCCCGUCAUAUGCACAGCUCGAGCCUACUUGCUGUCUGCCGGGUUCUCUCUGGCCUUCGGGUCGAUGUUCACCAAGACCUAUCGAGUCCACCAGAUUUUCACCAGGUCCAACAGCGCCGGAGUCAUCCGUAAUAAACUGCUGAAGGACAAGCAGCUGAUAACCCUGAUCAUGGUGCUGCUGGCCGUCGACGUGAUGAUCGUCAGCGCCUGGGUAGGAGUCGACCCCAUGACUCGACACCUCCACAACCUGACGCUCGAGAGAUCGAUGGAGGAGAGGGGCGUGGUCUAUCAGCCACAGGUUGAAGUAUGCCGCAGCGCGCACACGAGCGAGUGGUUGGGUGCGUUCUAUGUAUAUAAAGGGCUCCUCGUCGCUGUUGGAGUCUACAUGGCCUGGGAAACGAGACACGUCAAGAUCCCCGCCCUGAACGACUCCCAGUACAUCGGGAUGAGCGUCUAUAACGUCGUCAUCACGUCGGCCAUCGUGAUCGUGGCGGCCAACAUUAUCAGCGAGCGGACGACUCUGGCCUACGUCAUCGUCACGACGCUCAUCAUCACAUCGACGACGACGACUCUGUGUCUCUUGUUCAUACCCAAGAUUUUAACCAUCUGGAAGAAAGCCGAGGGGGACCCCAUUGUCGAAAGCAUGGGGCUCAAAAUCCAGUCCAAUACGCGAAGGCUAAUGACGGAGGACAAACGCGAAAAAUUCUACAGAGCUGAAAUACAAAACAAGGUCUACAGAAGGGAGUUGCUGAAACUUGAGCAGGAAAUACAGAAAAUGAAGCGAAGGCUAGAGUCCCCGGAGAGUCCUACGUCGUCAGCGGAGUCGUUCCCAAUCCUGAAUAAGGACUCUAUGAUCUCUGGAACAUCUCAGUCGGAUAACGCGAAAGAGGGGCCAACUAACGGAGUUGCUGACAGGAGGGACGUUCAGAAUCAAGGAGGAGGGGGAGGGGGAGGGAGCGAGCGAAUCAACAAAGCCUUCAGCGGGAGCAACAUUGUUGGAGGGAGAUCCUUGGAGGGUGUCCUGGACGUUUCCCACACCCAGUUCCUCCGCAGCGAUGACGCUACCGUAAGGAGGGUCAAGCGAGAGAGGAUGAUGCGGUCUUUGCACAGGUCUUUGCCCUCUCUGACACUCGGCUGUCCCCCCAGAAGACCAUCAGACACCCGUCUUCCCGCCGAUGGCGCCGAAGAUGCCAGUGGCAACGGUAACUUCGGUCCCUCCCAAGUGUUCUUCGACGCGCACCAUUUCCACGAAGACCAGGAGGAGGCGAGGAGACGAGCGGAAGAUGACGACGAGGAUGAAGACGAUGAAGAUAGCGAGAGUGACAAGAAGAGACCCUCCUCCUCCCGAUAUGGCACGGUGCCGGCAUCACCCCACCCCCUCCAGCGCUGUAGACUCGUCAAACGUAGCCCCAUCAAGCCCAGGGUCGAACCGGAAGACGAAGGGAUCGUCGACCUUCGGUAUACGCUCAAUUUCUCGACGCCUCUGCUACACGGGGUUACCGAGGCCGACCUCCCUUUCUCCAUCAGCAGUCACAUGAGGCACGGGUCCCGGGUCUCCUUCCGCGACCAGGAUUCCUAUCACUUCUACGACUCCAGCCCAGAGAUUCGUAAGUCGUCCUUGAGCAACUGUUCUUACUCGAGUCCCGAGGUCAGGAGGUCAUCGAUGACCUCCUGCUCAUCCACAGACAUCCGCCUUCAGAUCGAGUACUCUGACAUCGUGCCCCACGAGAAACUCUCUCCCGUUGUAGAGUACAGGGUGAAUGACCUCGAUUUGCUCUGCCCCUUGGGCAGCGUUCCCCAUCCCAGAGGGAGCGACCGCGAUGCUGGACGGUUCCAUUACGCGUCGACGCUUCCCAGGGGCGCUGACAACGCUGUCGGUCUCGAGGGAGUAGCGCGAAGAUCUUCCAACGGCGCCAUCAGCCGUCAGCCUCUGGCUGGGGAGGCCAACCACAGCGCCAUUCCAGGCCACCGGAAGUCCUCCAAGAGAAAAAGGAAGAAGAGCAAUGAAAACAACAGUUCGCUACCCAACGCUGCCAGGUCCAGUGGUCACAUGUUCUCCACUGUUAUAGUACACCACGUUGUCAAUGUUCAUAUAUGAUUUCCUCUUUUGCAAAGAGGAAAGCGUUGUUCACAUUUUUUAUACGGACGAUGUGCAAAAGGCCAUUGUCUUCCUCUUUAUACUCCACAGGUUGUUUGGUGUGCGCGUGUCAAGUGUGGCGUUGUGAAAGAAGUUGAGAGAAAGACAUAGAUAGAUUCAGCGACGAUGAGAGAGGAGAGAGAGAGAGAGAGAGAAUCUGACGAUUCUAUUCUGUAAGUUAUUGUUCAUUUGUCAUGGUGUCACAUCCGAAACAGAAACGUUGGAACCCGCAAAAGGAACUGUAACGUUGUUAAGCCUUGAUUUAAUUAGAUAUCAUAACAUGUCAAGAUUUAGGUCAGGAAAUACCCUUCACAAUUGAGCUGUUUUAUGCCCCGAAUUGAUGGGGAUUUGGAACAGCUGCUUAUUUUUUAGCCUAAGGCUUCAACGGCGUCUUUUCUCGUUUCUCCAAAACGUAUUUACCAUUUAAGCAUUUUACUCAAUAGUUUCCAGUCUGUAGGAGAUUACAAGUAGUUUACCUUAGUCAAUUAUUUUCCUAUGAUGGUGCUCGUCUUACACUCGAUAGUCAAAUUUUUUACUUCUCUCGAAAAGUAGAAGAAAUAAAAAGAAAUUUGAUACUUGUAUUUUGGAAAUAUAGGGUUAGGUAGAAUUCUGGACUUUAGAAUGAAACUCGGUAGUGACUGAGGUUAAUGAAAGGAUUUUUUGUACUCGUGAAGGAGAUCAAGGGAGGCGUAUUCAUUUUAAGGAUGAAAGACUGACAACAUAUCAAUAAUAGCUCGACAGAUGUGAAGUACCUAUAUAGUAUUAAGUAGACAAUCCCAAGCGUAGUUCUUCGUCGUUCUUUCGUUACACUUCGUUUAUUGUAUAUAUAUCAACUUUUCUCCUGUAAAAAAAAAGUAUUUUAAACCUUCUAUAAAUAAAGAUAUAUUUAUAUUGACCCGUACAAGACGCGCGGCGCGUUUACCUGGAAUGAAGCUUGUAACACAAUCAUAACACGAAGUAUAUUUAUAUCAUAGCUUGUAACGUGACGUACCAGACAAUCGAUAUACAAACGUAUCAGUUCGCCGGAGAAUAUAACCAAUUAAGGAGCAAAGUCUCGGAAGUGAUGUCGGACGAAGACUUUGGUCGCAAGAAGGGGGGCCGUUGUGGGGGCGGGGCGGUGUUGUAAUUCAUUCAUACCUUUCAGUAACUUGCUCUGGAAUCAUUUCCUUGACAAGACUUGUCAUUCCGGUCGGUUUCAAAGUUGGUUUAAUGUAAAUGAAAAAGUGGUUUUCAUGUUUCAGUUUACAUUUCCUUCUUGAAAAACUGCUAAAGACACUUUUUUUAUCGAAAUAAAAAAAUAUACGAUGAAAAAUAAAUAAUGAAGACUAUUCCACAAUUUGCUGUCUGUGUUAUUAAUUUAAUACUUAAAAUUAGGAAUCAGAUUUUAAACCUGAAAAGAAUAAGUGUCAUCAUCUGUAGAUAUAGGAAGUAAAAUGUACAAACACACACACACACACAAAGAGAUAGAGAGAGAGAGAAAAAGAGAGAAUGUUUGUAUAUGUGUGCGUACGGUCGUUUUUGUAUGCAAACUAUAUUUAGACGGUUAAACGUGCAAUGUUGAACAUCUGCAAGUAGAUACUUUUCAUCACAGAAAGCUCCAAGAGAUUAAUUUGGGGGGAAUAGAAUUGAGGAAGCCAUAGUUACUACAGUCAUAUACAACAUGAUCAGAGAUGUCGCUCAGUGAAUACCCAACAGAAGAAGAAAACAGAGGAUAAGGGAUUAGGAAAAAACAAUUUUGAAAACGACGUGUGUGUGUGUGUGUAAACGGAAUGAAUUACCUAGCAGAAUACAAUUGAAAAGAGGAAGUGAAAUAUAUCGGCUUUUAAUCCUUGGGAAAUAGAGAGCCGCUCACUAAACUAUCCAGUUCGGUAUAUCUAUAUAUAUUAAUCUUUUUUUAUUAACCAUUCUUGGUAUUUUUCAAAAAGCGAAUUGUGUUGGGAAUAACCGAGAGAUUAUGGUGCUUAUGUGAUUUGCGAGAGAAAUGAAACUUUCAGUGAGUAAUGGAAUCACGUGGUUUAUAGCCAGUGUGGUCAUUCCAACUGUCGAACAGCUAGUUACUGGUUUUCAUGAUAAAUUCAAAUGUUUUAGAACUCUUUUGUUUGUAUAUUAUAAUGUGUUUUAUUUAUGAUAAGGAAAUAUAUGCAUUGAGGAAGUAUUUACACCUAUUUUUAAGAAGUAAAUGCCUGAAAGAUACACUUUAAUAUUUGACAAAUAAAGAAAGACUGAUAUAAUAAGUACUCUAUGUUUAAGUGACGUAUUGUGUAUUUUUUACGUGCGUAUUCGCCCGGUCCGGUUUCUGCCGGAUAUAACUGGAUGGACGAGGAUAUCGCUAUGAUCGUCAUUAUCAUCAUCAUCAUUUUAACCUUUGAGAAUUUAGUAUUUUAUAAAGAGAGGCAGUUCUUGUAUUUUCUCAGAACGUGACACCGUAACAGUAUACUCAGAUAUUCCAAAAAAAAAUAAUAAAUAGGUUAAGGUUACGUGAAAAUAUGUUAUAAAGAAUACGCACAAGAGACUAGAGAAAUACAAAUAUGCAUGUAUAUGUAUUUAUACAUAAAUGCAGUGUAUAUAUCCAUAUAUAUACAUACUAUUUUUUGUGGGGAUGCAUACAUGCCCAGACACAGAUUUGUAUGCAACAUAUAUAGGUAUGAAGAAGCACAAAUGCUACGUGUGCUUAUGCGUGUUGCAUAGAAUGUGUGUGUAUGCAUGCUUGUAUGUA